UGCGCCGGUUUUGUUAAAGCAGGAUGUUACUUUCUCUUUGUCGUCUCCCAGAAUCCUCCACCUGUCGAUGUGCGGGCGGCGGCUCUUCGGGCAGAAAUCACGGAUGCAGAGGGUCUGGGCAUGAAGUUGGAGGACAGAGAAACGGUCAUCAAAGAGCUGAAGAAGUCUCUCAAGAUCAAGGGCGAGGAGCUGAGCGAGGCGAACAUCCGCCUCAGUCUGCUGGAGAAGAAACUGGACAGUUCAUCCAAAGACGCAGACGAGCGCGUGGAGAAGAUUCAGACUCGACUGGACGAAGCUCAGACUCUGCUGAAGAAGAAGGAGAAGGAGUUCGAGGAGACGAUGGACGCUCUGCAGGCCGACAUCGACCAGCUGGAGUCGGAGAAGGCCGAGCUGAAGCAGCGAAUCAACAGCCAGUCCAAGAUGACCAUCGACGGGCUGAGGGGAACCGGCCCGUCAGGAAUCGCCUCCAUCGUCACGGGAAUAGCAGGAGAGGAACAAAAAGCCAACAUGAUGUCCGGCGUCACCUCAGCUUCGGGGGUCCAGGUGAUCGACUCCCCUCUGCUGACUCAGCAGAUUGAAGCUCAGAGACUCUGCAUCAAACAGCUGAAGAACGACAACAACAGGAUGAAGGCUGAGAAGAUGCGCGCCCAGCUCGCCGCUCUGCCUCCGCUCCAUGUGACCAAACUCCCCUCCAGAGACGGAGGACGUCCUGAAGUGCUCUCCAGCGCCCUCUACCGCAAGACUGACCAGCUCCUGGAGACUCUGCUGCAAAUGAGCGCCAACGUCAAGGUGGUGGACAUCACGGGGAAAUCUCCAGUGACACCGAGUGCUCAGCUGCUGGAACAAACUGCCAGACUCCAGUCUCUGAGCGACACUCUGGGCCGACUGAAGGACGAGGUGGCCGAGCACGUGGUCAACCAGCAGCCCGGAGCUCGAGUGACGUCCGACUUCGCCACUUUCCCUUCGACUGCGUUUGUGAAGGCGAAGGAGGAGAGGCAGGGCGACACGGUGCUGGUGGGUCGGGUCAUGGUGCCGUGUCUCCGCGGUCAGGAGCAGGUCCACCGUCUCGUCCUGUCACAGACUCAGCUGCACAGAGUCCACAGUCUGCUGCGGACCUAAACUCCACCCGCCCCCCCCCACGACCUUGCCCGCUACACCACCAACGCAACACCACCGACCCCUUCGUCGUCAUCAUCAUCAUCAGCUUCGUCUCCACUCCAGAGCCGAACACACAGGGAGGGAAUCACUGCACGAGUGGUGAGGUUGAUAUCAGGCCGUGGUCCGAGUCUCCACCCUCUUGGUUUUUAAAAGUGAGGAUCAUUAGAAUCUAAAUAAUUAGCCAAUUAAUCAAUUUACAAAAAUAAUGUUGAUGAUUACCUCAAUGGUUCCAAUCCUUCUCUGAUUUUUUUUAACCAAUAAUUUAAACAUUUCUUAAAUAACAAAAAGAUCAAGAAUAAUAACAUUAAGAUUAAUUCUUAAAGAAUAAUUAGUGAAACUGCCCCUAAGACAGAUUUAUUUAGACUUUUUCUUUAUUUAAAAAUUUGAAAUAAGACAACUUUGCUCUGACUACAGCCCUGAACACGGCAGAUUAUGGAGAUUAUCACGACUGAGACUGAGUCUGAAAUGUAAAUUGAUGACUGCACUGCUGCAUGCUCCCCAGAAUCACUGCAAUCCUUAUUAUCACUGUUUACUGAGUGCUGAUUGAGCCUUGGCCCUGGUGUGGAACCUGCAGUGUGGUUUAUAUUCGGCCGAAUCACUGGAUGUCGCUCCACGUCUGUGUGUUUAACUGUUGUGGACAUUUUUUAUAACUCCACUGUCUGAAGGGAAAGAGAAACUAGAUGUGUCCAUUUAAAGUCGUGGACGUUUUAUCCUGAACUGAUGAAGUGACAUGAAAGUCAACGACAGUUUGUGUUCAGGAUUGAGGUUUGUUUUCUUGCUGCACAGAACAAGAGAUGCAGAUUAAUCUUAAAUUCACUGUGUAGAAUUCUUUUACUUUGUUUAUUUAAAACAGCUCGACUGCACUUUAGUCAGAUGAAACAUUAUAUAUGAUUUAAGUUACGUAGUAUUUAUAAAACGCCUGGUGUAGGUUGUUACUGUCGACGUUUACCUGCUUGGUAAAACCGUUAAAUUGGCUGUUACUGUUUGUCCAAGCCUUAAGCCCGCAGAGCCUCGUGUUGAAGAGCGGUCACCUGCCUUACUUUUCAUUUGACUCAACCAAACUUUAUUUAAAAACACAUCUUUGCCAAAGACUCUGUUUCUCUUCAUCACGUGAGCGAUUUUUAAAAAAGGUUUUAGUUCCUUAACUCCUGCUAACGUUUUAUUUAUCUAAUGUUUUAUUUGAAUGAUUUUAGAUGAUUUGUGUUUACACUGUUUUAUGUUGUAAGUAAUGGGCAUAGUGCAUCUACGUGACUGAAGCUUCAGAGGGAGAAUGCAGACGUUAUUUAUUCGUCGUGUUUAUCUGUGAUGGUCGUGAGCAGCUGAUGUUCGGAAUCUUAUCGUACCUUCUCCUCAUGUGGCUUCCUGCUCUCACCACUGGAAACUGAUCAAUAAACACGGUAAAGCCAGUGA